CGCGCAAGGACUCCGCGACGUCGUCGUCGUCUCCUCCUACUAGCGAAGAGGCGGGUCGAGAUCUCUCCCUCCCCUCCCCUCCCCUCCCCGCGCCAGCGCAGCCAUGGACGCCGUGGACUCGGUGGUCGACCCGCUCCGGGAGUUCGCCAAGGACAGCGUCCGCCUCGUCAAGCGCUGCCACAAGCCCGACCGCAAAGAGUUCACCAAGGUGGCGGUGCGGACGGCGAUCGGGUUCGUCGUCAUGGGCUUCGUCGGCUUCUUCGUCAAGCUCAUCUUCAUCCCCAUCAACAACAUCAUCGUCGGGUCCGGCUGAUCCGAUCCCCGCAGGUGAGGGGCCGCAGGACUGGAGGAUGGCGUCAACACCAUGGAGGCAGCGCCAGUUUUCAGCCCUAAUAUCCGAAAGCAAUUCGUUUAGGACUUUUUUAUUAAGGACAGCUCCCUUUGUUUUAUCCCAGAAAUAUUUCUGAAGAUUUUAUUGGUAGUCCUGGAACUCUUUUGUACCUGAUACCGCAUAGGCUUCGAUGAAUUAACAAGUGACAAUAUUCAAAGGUUA